ACUGGAGAUACCGAGGAAGGAGUCUCACAGCAAUGCAAGCACUCAAGGACCCCUGCCAUCGCCAAGGCCAGAUCAUCAGCUGAUUUCGCGACUUGCUCAUCGCGGAUCCACCAUCAUUCAGCUUCACUCCAUCCCCUCUCCAGCUCCUCCUUCCAGCAAAAUACCAUACCACACCAUGUAAAGCCCAGUUCAAUACUUACUCAACUGCAAGAAACAUGCCACGAACAGACGAAGCAGAAGCCUUCUUCCACGCCGUCUACAGCGCCAUCCAAGAGAUCCCCCAAGGCAAAGUAACAAGUUACGGCCAUAUCGCCAAAUUGAUCGGAACGCCCCAACGACCCCGCCAAGUUGGAGUCUGUCUCAAACACCUCUCCAAUGACCCAACCUCCCGCUACUACAACGGCAAUGUCCCCUGGCAGCGAGUGAUCAAUUCAAAAGGGAUAAUCUCACCUCGAGGCCAUCCAUCAGGAGCAGCGAACCAAGCACUUGUGCUGCAAGGCGAAGGCGUGACGGUUAAUACGGGCAGUUUGGGGGAGUUGAUGGUUGAUUUCGGGGAGUUUGGCUGGUUCCCGAGACAGCUACCGAGUGACGUUGCGGCAGGGAUACCGCCUGAUAGUGAUUCGGAGGAUGAUGAAUGAGGUUAAAAACGGAGGAAUACCAAUGUUG